GAGUUUGGUUCAGGUUCGAAGUGGGUUCGCCUCAGGUCAUCCCAUCCAUGACUUCAAAAUUGUUUGCACCCCGUGGGCCCAAAUAAUUUUAGAGAUUCGGUUGAGUUGGGGCAUAUGAUUGAAAACCCAAAAGUAUCCAAAUUUCAAAUGGGUUGAGUCGGGUCGGAUCGGGUUUGAAUUCAGUAAAUCCAGAUCCGAUCCAAAAAAUGAAAUGUGCCCAAUUUUAGAAUCCAAGCCGGCCUCACGGGUCAUCUAAAAAGAGUUGGGUCGGAUCGGGUCACGAGUCAAGCUAACCCAUUUACAGCCUAAGAGACGGACAAUUACAUUCAACAUACAAUGCAAGGCAUGUACCAACAAACAUGCGUCGUAUUUAGUUUUGAAGAUAAACGACGGCCAUCUAUCUUCAACAUGGAUGAUAUGGUGAGUGUCGAGGGCUAUACAUUUUUUGAUACAAACACGUAUCACGGAGAAUUCUAGUUCUUAAAACCAUUCACAUAAGUACCAUCUCCAAAAGAAUAUCAUGGAAGAAGCCAAAUGCAUACUCUAUUGUUUAUCCCCAUUCCUGUCAUAUUUCCUCUUAUCUAUGAUACAUGCCAGAUAUUGGCACAUCUAAAGUUUGAAAUCCCAUGAAAAAAUUGUUCUCUUUAUUUAUUUUUUAAAGGUGAGUUUUGAUCAUGCAAGAAGAAAGUAAAUAGUUUUUUCGCAAGUUUCCAAUUUCGAAACUUAGCUAGUUCCCUUCGUUUCCCAAACGUGGCUUCCUGGUUCAGCUACUGUGAUUGAACCAAAACGUCUCUCUCCCCCCUCCCCCAACAUUCGAAUUCAUGAAGAAUCUACUCCGGCUCCCUCCCCUCUCCUCCACCCGCGCCACCAACCCCACUCUUUUUCCCGUCAUCUCCACCCAUUUCGCCACCUCCGCCACCGCCGUCACCGACCUCGAGCCACCGGAAGAGAAAGAAGACUUCCCGUCCUCCCUUAUCAUCCAAGAAAAGGAUUUACUCCGGAAAAGCCUCAAAUCCCAACCCGGCCUCCACGUUCUCGACCUCAUCGACGCCGGCUGCCUCGAACCCACCGCCGCUAUCUACUCCCAGCUCGUAAAGAAGUGCACCCAGGUGAAGAGACUCAAUGAAGGGCGGCUCGUUCACGCCCACUUCCUCACUUCCAGAUUCAAAGAUAACCUCUUUUUCCACAAUUCGAUCAUCAAUUUGUACUGCAAAUGUGGCGGGCUGGAGGACGCACGGAAGGCGUUCGACGAAAUGCCGGUGAAGGAUAUGGUUACCUGGACUGCUCUGAUCACGGGAUACUCUCAAAAUGAUCGCCCAAAGGAGGCAGUUAAACUGUUUCCGAGUAUGCUUCGGCUCGGUUUGAAACCGAAUGGAUUCACCUUUGCAAGCCUCUUGAAGGCUUGUGGGGAAGCUGCCCCUGGAGAUGAAUCUUGCCAACAAAUACAUGCAGCUUGCAUCAAGUAUGGUUGUCAUUCGGAUGUUUACGUGGGCAGCUCUCUUCUGGAUAUGUAUGCUCGCCAUGGAAGGAUGGAUGAAGCUUGUUUGGUCUUUGAUAGAUUGGAUUCAAAGAAUGAGGUAUCAUGGAAUGCAUUGAUUGCUGGGUAUGCAAGGAGGGAAAAUGGUGAGACCGCUCUCAAGCAGUUCCGGGAGAUGCAAAGGAGUGGUUUUGAAGCAACCCAUUUUACUUACUCUAGUGUCUUUAGUGCUUGCGCUAGUAUUGGAGCUCUGGAGCAAGGGAAGUGGGUGCAUGCGCAUAUGAUAAAAUCCGGGCAGAAGCUUACAGCUUUUGUUGGGAAUACUCUUUUGGACAUGUAUGCGAAAUCAGGCAACAUCAAGGAUGCGAGAAAAGUAUUUGAGCGGUUGGGUAAAAGAGAUGUUGUUUCAUGGAAUUCGAUGCUUACCGGGUGUGCACAACACGGACUUGGUAAGGAAACAGUUUGCCUUUUUGAGGAGAUGCGUCAACUUGGAGUGCAACCGAAUCAUAUUACUUUCCUUUGUGUUCUUACUGCCUGCAGUCAUGGAGGGUUAGUGAGUGAAGGCCGGCACUAUUUUGAAUUGAUGAAGAAGUAUAAGUUAGAACCAGAGGUUGAGCAUUAUGUGACCAUUGUUGAUCUUCUUGGACGAGCUGGGCUUCUUGAUCAAGCACUUAAGUUUAUAAAUGAUAUGCCUAUUCAACCAACUGCUGCUGUUUGGGGAGCUUUGCUUGGAGCUUGUAGAAUGCACAAGAAUGCUGAACUGGGAAAAUAUGCUGCCGAGCGUGUGUUUGAACUCGACCCGCAUGAUGCUGGCCCACAUGUGUUGCUCUAUAACAUCUACGCUUCUGCUGGUAGAUGGGAUGAUGCAGCUAAAGUAAGAAGAAUGAUGAAAGAGAAUGGGGUGAAGAAAGAGCCUGCUUGUAGCUGGGUCGAGAUAGAGAACUUGGUCCACAUGUUUGUUGCAAAUGAUGAUUCCCACCCACAAAUUAAAGAGAUACAUAAGAUGUGGGAGAAGAUUGAUGGGAAGAUUAAGGAAGCAGGGUAUGUACCUGAUACAAAUCAUGUGCUAUUGUAUGUGGAUGAGCAAGAGAGAGAGGCAAAGUUGCAGUACCACAGUGAGAAGCUUGCUCUUGCUUUUGCGCUGCUAAACAUGCCACUGAGGGCGACAAUUCGUAUCAUGAAGAAUAUAAGGAUGUGUGGAGAUUGCCAUUCUGCAAUUAAACAUGUUUCUAAAGUAAUGGAGAGGGAGAUCAUUGUGAGAGACACAAACAGGUUCCAUCAUUUCAGUGGUGGGUCUUGUUCAUGUGGUGAUUAUUGGUGAUAUAUUCAUACUUAUUUAUUGGGAUUUUAGUCCGACAGAUACAUGAGAUGCUUGUCAGUUGUCAAUUACUCGAGGUAAAAUGCUGUUGUUGAUCUCACUGAAUGAUGGUGUGGGUGCAUCAGUAACCAGAGCAGAGGGAGUGACACUGAUUGUAAGCUCAAUCUUGUAGAUCUGAGAGCAUCUCAAGUUCUCAACCAAGAAGCCUAGCCCCUUGGAUAUUUAUUUGAACUUGGUCCAUACCUGCUGAGAAUGAUGAUCCUCUUUUUGGAGAGAAAAUUCAGCAGAGCGAGCUGAUCUGGAUUCUGUACUGUUUUUUGGUUCUUCUGGAGUCCUCUGAAGAUGUAUAAUACGAUACAAUGAUCGUGGAUUCUAAAAGAUGCAAUUGCAAGGAAGCUAGCUGAUGGUCCGGAGAGACGCUCCUAUGAAUAAGUUGGGUAGAAAAGUUGCACUUGAUUUUUUUUUGUUAUUAUUUUUUUUAGGUGUGAGAUACCUGUGUUAGCUAGCUUCAGAAUGAAGUACAAAUAAGACUGCUUGAUCCUGAUGCUUUAUUUGUUAUGCAUCUUCCAGGUUCCUGGAAUAUGUGAACUAGCAUUAAUUUUUUAAGCUCAAUGUUGCUCCACAAAAUGAAUUUUUUCCUUCUUUGCUUCCAAUUCCUCCUGUAAGGAUUACCUGAGCUGAAAACAGGAAUUUCCAGCCAGGGAUUUGUUGCCUGAGGGAAUUAUAAAAUGGUCUUUGGUGUUCUAAUUGUAGGUGCAGUGAAAGUCAAGGGGCAUUAUUCUACUGGGAUUCAAACUUUGAGAUUCGUGACAAAGCAUGAUGGGCAUGUUAAUCCCUUUUUUUUUUUAAAAAAAAAAAAAGAGAGGCAAAGGGUAAAUUUGCUGAACUCCUUAAAACAAUACCCUACUUCGUGCAGCGAUUUUUUACCACCCUGCUCAUGGUCGGACUCGGGUUUAAGCUGUGCGAUCAGCGUCGAGGAUUUCGAUCUAUGGGAUUGCAGGUAUUAGCGGAGCUUUCGGACACUCCCAAAUUAGUGGUCAUGAUGUGUGUUGAUCCACAAUAUAUAUGCUAUGCUAUAAUAGAAGAGCUCUAAGAUCUAUAUGUGCAAGUUAUAUAACUAGACAGGUGCUGAAUCUGUGUGCCUGUUAGUGAUGCUCAUCUACAUGCCACUUAUCGAGCCAUGCGAAACCUAAGAACUUGUAGUUCACCUUUUGCCUGCAUACAUUAAUAUGGGACGUACUUCACCCCUUGUUACGAGACCUCUGAGGACAAGUUUGCUUAACAUAACAUGCUUAAAUGUAGCUCUAGGAUCCUCAUAUCUCUAGUAUUAUAGACAAGAACGAAUGCUGCAGAUCAUGUUUGUGAAGGUUGGCAUGCACGAUUAAAAGCAAUAAUGGUUACCCAUAACAGUGAAAAAAUAAUGCUCUUUUCACAAGACCACAAACAAGUUAAGAGUACGCUUGAUGAUAUGAGAAAGGGUGCUCUUUUUUUUUUGGAAGAUAUAUGAGAAACUGAGAAUCUGCCCGAAGUAGGGUUAGCUGGAGCAGCUCAAGCGCUAAAUAAAUAUAUCAUCAACACAAACGAGAAGUGAAACUGCCACCUUAUUUAAAACCACAAUGAAGAAUUAAGACAAGGAUUUGCAUCCUUCCCAAUUAUAAAAGAGCAAGAUUCUGCCACCUGAACACCAUGGCAACUGUUAUGUGAUAGCCUUCUCUAAAUAACCUCCUAGUGAAGGAUGAAAACUUUUCAUGGAGACUAGAGCUGUUUAUGGAGUCACAACAAGGGUAGCACAACCACACAUACUUGCAGACUCCAGAAACUUGAAAUGCUGAUUUCCAGUGAUUUGAGAUUGACAUAUCAGGAUGCAUAAACCACAAAAACUGCUGCCUGGCCCAGCUUAAUAAGGUUGAAAAGAAGCAGCUAAUGUCAUGCUCUGUAGCGAUGCUAAGGUUUUGAGCAACCACAAAUUCUGAACUCUUAACCUUCUUAAGACUUCAACUGCACCAUUUCCUCUAGUGACACUUAGCACCACUUUCAAAUCAGGUGUUGCCUUGCAAAGAUAACACAAGAAAUAUGACACAAGGCAAAGACACCUCCACUUUCAGGCAGUAUAGAAGAUUCUGAUCUUGGUCAAGAUAGCAAAUCCUUUCACAGCAUGUAUGAAGCGUAACAAUUCAUAGAUCUCCUCUUCAACCAUUCCUUGAACAAUUCAUAGAGCUCUUCAACCAUUUCAUGAAACCUCGCAGCAUGUUUCAGAA